CUAACGGUAAUGGCAGACAUAGCUUAAACAUUGUAUCUAUGUAGGGAGGCUGUGUGGUCCAGUAGUUAAAGAAUAGGGCUUGUAACCAGGAGGUCCCCAGUUCAUAUCCCACUUCAGCUACUGACUCGUUGUGUGACCCUGAGCAAGUCACUUAACCUCCUUGUGCUCCGUCUUUUGGGUGAGACGUAGUUGUAAGUGACUCUGCCGCUGAUGCAUAGUUCACACACCCUUGUCUCUGUAAGUCGCCUUGGAUAAAGGCGUCUGCUAAAUAAACAAAUAAUAAUCUAGGAUGAACAGAAUGGUUUUAACCUGAUAAAGUGCUGAGAUUUGCUCAAGUUCGAUGACAAAGCCUUCAGCCUCCUUGCUGUCCAGUUACCCUUCAUUCCUACCUGGUGAAGAGGCCAGCAUCACAUGCACUGGCCCCUCCAGACUACACACCAGCACUGAUUUCUAUCUGUACAGAAGCAGUUCUGGAAACUACAUCACAACACAGAGAGCUGCACCUUCACAGACCAGCGUGACUUUCAUUCUGUCCGACCUCUCUGAGUCAAAGCAAGGCAGCUACAGCUGUGUGUAUAAAGUACAGGGGAGAAAUGAGACCUUCAGCUCACCUCACAGUGACCCUGUACACAUCACAGUGGUGUUUCUGAAGCAGCCGCACAUCUCUCUGAGUCCGGCUGGCAGCGCUGUUGAGAGAGGAAACAGUUUUGUAAUCACUUGCAGCUCUGCAGAACGCUACACAGAGAGCACCUUCCUCCUCUUCAGAGUCUCUGCAGGCUUCAAUGAGAGAUGGAACAGAUCAGCACCAACCAUCAACCAAUCUGCCCUCUUCAGCUUCCCUGCUGCAGACUCCACACAUGAGGGGAAUUACUCCUGUCAGUAUCAGACCCGGGUAUCGGGGAGAGUGUUUGAAUCCCAGCUGAGCGAGAUGCUCCACGUCACAGUCACAGUCACAGUCACAGUCACAGUGUCAGUCCUGAUUCCAGUCCUGUCUGCUGUCAGUGCUGCUGCAGUGCUGCUGAUCUCAGUAGUUCUCAUACUCCUGAGAUGUAAAAAGAGAAGGACAGACAGCAGAGAGGAAGUGAGGAGCACUGAAGUCAGGAUGAAUUCAUACGUUUCCAAAGGUGCUGGUAACCUGCACUCUGAGGAUGCUGAUGAGGUCUAUGCGAACACUGAGUUUUUCAAGGAAGAUACAGUUGACCAGGACUAUGAAGAGAUGAGAACUGAGGAUGGUAAAGAAGUCAUAGAUGACCUGGACUAUGAAGAGAAAAGUGAACCAGAGUAUGAAAACUUUGAUUUCAAUCAGGGCAAUAAGGGGGGAGCUGAAGAUGAUAUCUAUAUGGAUUUCGAUUAGCAGACAGUAACAAGGUGGAAUUGUUUUACAUUGAGGCCGGUACAAAAAUAAUCGCGAGGGGUGAUAUAGAUAUGAUACUGAAAGCUUUGACAGAUUUGCUCAAAGGCAGCGAACCAAAACAUGAUAAAUAAGGCUUUGCUAAGCUAUAGAAUGCCACUGCAUUAAAGUAAAACAAGAAACAUAUAGUAUUAUUUUUCCUUCAUUUUUUAAUGGUUAUUUACCUUUAAAUUUAGAGUCAUUUUGUAAGGUGUUAUUUUAUGGUUGUACACCGUCACGUUUACAGUGAUUUAACAUUAGUUAAAAAUAUAUAUUUUACUUUCAUUUUAAUGGUUAUUUAACCUUCACAAUUUACAGAGGUUUUGUAACAUGUUUUAAAUGUUUGUAACACAGUGUUAGAAAUGUGCUGAGUGUUCUGGAAGCUUUGGCUGGGUUUAGAAUUAUUUCAGUAAAAAUAAGACCGAAGUUGAGUAAUAUUUUCAAUAUACAUACACACAUUAUCCAUAGAGGCUUUAU